AUGGCUCAGGUUCCGGUGCUUUCAGAUGUGCAGAGACCACAGCAGGUGCUGGCGCCGGCACCUGUGCGCGCAGGAGUCCACGUUUCUGGAAUUCGCCAAGAAUCCUCGCGCCAGCUGACACGUCACCGUGCUGAGCUGGCGGCGUUCUUCUACGUGGGCAUGAACACAUUCACGGACCGCGAGUGGGGCACGGGGCGCGAGGACCCGCGGCUGUUUGACCCGGCGGCGCUCAACGCGACGCAGUGGGUCGACACCGUCAAGGCCGCUGGCUUCCAGGUGUGCGCAACAUAA